AUGGCAAUGACAUCAGCUCAGACCCUUGUAGUUGUGUUGGCAUUUGCUUGCAUUAUGGUGUCAGUUCCAUAUGGGGUAGCCCAGCAGCUGCCAUUGCCAUUGCCAUUGCCAUUGCCAUUACCACUAAACCCUAUCACUUGCUUGAGAAGUAUAGCUGGUGUUGACGGAUGCAUUCAGACUGUCAUUCGGAUUAUUUCUCAACCCAAUUCAGGUAUUAGAAAUCUUACUGUUCCUUGUUGCAACGCUAUCAAUGGAUUAAGCGGCAGUUGUUUGGGCCAACUGUUCCCUAACAACGUUGGAGGUAACAUACUCAGGGCCAUAUGUGCUACUAUUGCGGCACUUCCACCUCUCCCGGUCGGACAAGUAAGGCCGUGA